UACACGGAAUUGCACGAGAUCGGAAUUGCAGACCAUUUUUUUCCGAAAGACCCUUCAAAUCUUUACGGCUCUUCUAUUUACAAGUUUUAUGCUACUGUUCAACGGUUCUCAAACGGCGAUAGAUGUUCACUCAUGGCGGUUUCUUCCUUUUUAAACAUUAAAAACAUUCGAAUUCUUCUUCGAUGGACGACUACAGAAGCCAUUCUUUUCUUUCUACGAUGAUUUCCUCUUCUGCGACAGCUUAUUUGCACCUUUAUAUGCUUAAUUUGGUUUCAUCAAUCGGCAAUGUGAAUUCUCUGAAAUCAAAAGAAAUUUUCUUCAUCUCUCAUCGUUUCCCGUGACGCAUCACAUGCCUUCUUCAAGAGAGAAUGACGAUGAAGUUUCUAUUUCAAAAAGUUACAGUGGAGAAGAACGAUCUUUAGAUCGUCAGGAACUUGGGCAGCUCCCUCAAGUAGAAAUGAUGGGAUCGUGUUCUUCCAAGAUGAGCUUUAAGCGUGUAAUGUCUUAUCCGUGGAAAUUCCGGAAUUCGCUUAAGAGAACUGGAAGGAGCAAGAGUUUGCAAUCAGUUCUAGAUGGCCCUCGUGAUGUAAACGAAGAACAGCUCGUUGAAUCUUUACGCGAAUUGCUCAAUUCUGAGGGUCAGCUACCGUCGAAACUCAGUGAUUAUCAUACGCUUUUAAGAUUUCUGCGAAUGAAGGGUUUUGAUUUGCAAAAAUCGAAAGAAGCCUAUUUAAACAUGCUCAGGUGGCGUAACGAUUUCAGGGUUGAUGCAAUUCCCAAGGAAUUUAGGUUUGAGGAGUAUGAAGAGGUCAAGAAAUAUUACCCUCAUGGAUAUCAUGGAGUUGAUAGAUCUGGUAGACCAGUAUACAUUGAAAGGACAGGGAUGAUUGAUUUGAAUGCUCUUCUAAAAGCAACUUCACUUGAGCGUCUCCUGAAGAAUCAUGUUGAUGAGCAAGAAAAAACACAGAAUUUGAGAUUCCCAGCUUGUUCAAUUGCAGCUAAGACGCAUAUAUCAUCCACCACAACUAUUCUAGAUGUACAGGGAGUAGGUAUGAAUAACUUUACAAAGCCUGCCAGAGACCUUUUUAUAGAAAUUCAGAAGAUUGACAGCAAUUACUACCCUGAGACUCUACAUCGACUUUUUAUUGUCAAUGCUGGAUCUGGAUUUAGGGUCCUGUGGAAAGCGCUCAAAGCUUUUCUGGAUGUACGUACAGUUCAAAAAGUACAAGUAAUUGGAGGCAACUAUCAAAGUAACCUGGUUGAAGUUAUUGACCAGAGAAAUUUGCCUAGUUUUCUUGGUGGAAAUUGCACAUGUUCUGAGUAUGGAGGGUGCCUAAUUAGUGAUAAAGGACCCUGGAACGAUCCUGAAAUUAAAAAAAAAUUGCAGGAAGUUCCUGAUGUUGAAAUGGAAUACAGUAAUGAAACAAACAAUAUUACAGCUUUGGAAGAGGCUUUGGGUAGUUCCGAAGUUAGUGGUGUCCAUAAUACACCCAAAAGCGAGCAACGUGGUCUAGAGCCAAGCAUGCAGAUGGGAAAUGUGAAUGACCUCGUAUCCCAAAAAAUUCAGGCAUUAGAAGAUGCAGUUAAGGACCUCAAGAUGUCUUUGGCAGGAUUAACAUCAAAACAGGAAGAGCUUGUGAGGCACAUAGAAGAGCUGAAGAAACUGGCCUCACUGAGAGGACCACAGAACACGAAAGCAAUUUAACAGAGGCUGAAGUGCAAUCCCAAGAUUGUGUUGCUUUUGUACUAUGAACUCAGUCAGACAUUUUUACUUGGUGCAUAACCAAUCUACUAGUUAUUUGGUUGACAAGACGACGCAUUUUUCUUUAUAUAAUGGAAAAUUAUGAAAAUUAUAUACUUUGAUUCACAAUAUCCGUACUUCUAAGUGAAAACAUGGUUGCUCUUUUAA